ACGCUGGCAUCAGCUGACAUUCCCCGAGAGGGCUUCCCCCCACCUGAAGCUGGCGGGUCUGCUUCUCCGGAGAUGGGGGCAGGAAUGGAGGUGGAGAGAGGGCACCCACCUGGCUCACCUCGACCCUGCACCCUCUACUGACAGAGCCUCCUCUACACACACAAGCAGUGAGGGGCCAGGAUCCCAUAGGGCCAGGGAAGGGCACAGAGAUACCCAAACACCGGAAGAGUUUGGGAACUUUCAAUUGCUGAAUGCAGGAGUUUCCCCCCAGUCAGCCUCUGGCCGCUUGAGCCCCACUGCCCCGACCUUCCGGCCACCCCUACCCCACUGCGUCGCUGUCCCCUCCCUGCCUCAGCUCCUCAGGUGCUUGCUAGCUUCAUCAGAAGAUCUGAGCUGUUUCCCCAGCCUCGGACCAACCUCACCCCUCCAGUCCCUUCCUGCAUCUCACACACACACAGCCUCAUGCAUAAUUGAUCUCUCUGUGGAGCCAGGAUGGCCAGGGCUGGUGCCAAGGGCGCCUGUGGGCACUGCUGCGGGACCUGUGUGGACCUCGGCGUGUUCUUGGCCACCUCUUCUCCCGCCCAGUGUCUCCAUCGGCCCAGUCCCCUGCUCUCUCCUGGGCCCCCUCAGGACAAGGUGACAUCCUUCCCCCUCCACCCUGCUCUACAUCCUCAGCAGUGAGUGGCCGCUCCCUUCUCCAUGGACUUCCAAGAGAGGGUCCCUCCCUCCCUGGCCGUGAGCACUCAGUCUGCAAAGCCCAGCAGUGCCCAGCAGGCCUCCGAGCUGUGGGAGGUUGUGGAGGAGCCUCGGGGCCGGCUGGGGGCAGAGGGUAUCAUGCCCGAGAGACAGGAAGGCCACCUGCUCAAGAAGAGGAAGUGGCCACUGAAGGGCUGGCACAAGAGAUACUUUGUGCUUGAGGAUGGGAUCCUUCGCUACGCAACAACUCGGCAAGAUAUCACCAAGGGGAAGCUUCAUGGCUCCAUUGAUGUCCGACGGUCUGUCAUGUCAAUCAACAAAAAGGCCCAGCGCAUUGACCUUGACACCGAAGACAACAUCUACCACCUCAAGAUCAAAUCCCAGGACCUGUUCCAGAGCUGGGUGGCCCAGCUGCGUGCCCACCGCCUGGCCCAGCGCCUGGACGUGCCCCGAGGCUCGCUGCCCAGCACCACUCACCGGAAGGUUCCUGGUGCACAGCUUUCAACAGCGGGUAGUGCCUCGGCUCUACCUGGGCUUGGACCCCGGGAGAAGGUGUCUUCCUGGCUGAGGGACAGUGAUGGGCUGGACCGCUGCUCUCAUGAGCUCUCUGAGUGUCAGGGGAAGCUCCAGGAACUGCACAGACUCCUGCAGAGCCUGGAGUCCCUGCACCGGAUCCCCUCAGCCCCUGUUAUCCCCACACACCAGGCCUCAGUGACAACUGAGAGACCCAAGAAGGGGAAACGGACCAGCCGCAUGUGGUGCACACAGAGCUUUGCCAAGGACGACACCAUUGGACGGGUUGGUCGUCUCCACGGCUCUGUUCCCAACCUGUCUCGCUACCUGGAGUCCCGGGACCCCUCAGGCUCCCGUGGGCUGCCACCCCCAGACUAUGCCCACCUGCAGCGCAGUUUCUGGGCCCUGGCCCAAAAGGUGCACAGCUCCCUCAGCAGUGUCCUGGCCGCCCUCACCGCUGAACGGGACCGACUGAGGGACCUGCACCAGGGCUCAGAGCUGUCAAGGAUGGGGGUCUCUGAGGCCUCAGCUGGCCCGAGGCGCCUCCACUCACUGUCCGUCUCCUCGGACACCACUGCAGACUCCUUCAGCUCCCUCAACCCUGAAGAGCAAGAAGCUCUGUACAUGAAGGGGCGGGAGCUGACCCCCCAGCUGUCCCAGAGCAGCGUCCUGUCCCUCGCUGAUUCCCACACAGAGUUCUUCGAUGCCUGCGAGGUCCUCCUCUCUGCCAGCUCUUCUGAGAAUGAGGGCUCUGAGGAGGAGGAGUCGUGUACCAGUGAAAUCACCACCAGCCUGUCCGAGGAGGUGCUGGACCUCAGGCUUGCUGAGCGCUGCCAGGAAGGAGGGUGUGUUCCAGGGAGAGCUGCAGGGCCACCUCGCCGCCGCUGCUUGCCGGCGGCCAGCGGGCCCGGGGCUGACGUGAGCCUGUGGAACAUACUGCGUAACAACAUCGGUAAGGACCUGUCGAAGGUGUCAAUGCCCGUGCAGCUCAACGAACCGCUCAACACUCUGCAGCGGCUCUGUGAGGAGCUCGAAUACAGCAGCCUCCUGGACCAGGCCAGCCGUAUCGCCGACCCCUGCGAGCGCAUGGUGUACAUUGCAGCCUUUGCUGUCUCUGCCUACUCCUCCACGUACCACCGAGCGGGCUGCAAGCCCUUCAACCCUGUCCUGGGGGAGACCUACGAGUGUGAGCGGCCUGACCGGGGCUUCCGCUUCAUCAGUGAGCAGGUCUCCCAUCACCCCCCCAUCUCGGCGUGCCAUGCAGAGUCUGAGAACUUCAUCUUCUGGCAAGACAUGAAGUGGAAGAACAAGUUCUGGGGCAAAUCCCUGGAGAUUGUGCCUGUGGGGACGGUCAAUGUCAGCCUGCCCAGGUUUGGGGACCACUUUGAGUGGAACAAGGUGACAUCCUGUAUUCACAACAUCCUGAGUGGCCAGCGCUGGAUCGAGCAUUAUGGGGAGGUGCUCAUCCGGAACACGCAGGACAGCUCCUGCCACUGCAAGAUCACCUUUUGCAAGGCCAAGUACUGGAGCUCCAGCGUGCAUGAGGUGCAGGGGGCCGUGUUCAGCCGGAGCGGCCGUGUCCUCCACCGCCUCUUCGGAAAGUGGCACGAGGGGCUGUACCGGGGACCCCCGCCCAGCAGUCAGUGCAUCUGGAAGCCCAACUUGAUGCCCCCAGACCACGAGCGAAACUUCGGCUUCACUCAGUUUGCCCUGGAGCUGAAUGAGCUGACAGCAGAGCUGAAACGGUCGCUGCCUUCCACGGACACGCGGCUCCGGCCAGACCAGAGGUACCUGGAGGAGGGGAACAUACAGGCCGCCGAGGCCCAGAAGAGAAGGAUCGAGCAGCUUCAGCGAGACAGGCGCAGAGUGAUGGAGGAGAACAAUAUCGUCCACCAGGCUCGCUUCUUCAGGCGGCAGACAGACAGCAGCGGAAAGGAGUGGUGGGUGACGAACAACACGUACUGGCGGCUGCGGGCCGAGCCAGGCUACGGGAACCUGGACGGGGCUGUGCUCUGGUAGCCCUGGCCCCAGGGGCAGGAGGCUCCGCUUCCUCCCUCCUGCCUCCACCCCCACCACGGACACAUGGGGGAGGUCAGGCUCCCCCACUGACUGUCCUGGAGACCAAAGGGGCAGCCCUGGCUCUGACCCUCUCCCCUCUGCUGGCCAGAGGGGUUGCAUCUCAGCCCAUCGCCUACUCCAUGGUUGGGGUGGGAGGCAGGAUUUGUGCUUUCCCAGUCUUGUUGCCACAGACAACCAGCAUGUAAGACCCUUCUUGCUCUGUCAUCCCCCUUCCUGUCCCCUUUGGGGUACUUGGGGGAGACUCUAGGCUCUCCAGGAUCUGUUCCCCAUUUCAGUGCCUUCCUAGGACACAGGGGACCCCUUGAUGCUCCCCAGACUUCUAUGCCCAGGGCUCUGGCCCCAGCUGUGCGAUUGGAGUGAGUGAAGGAGAGGAGAUGGCCUUUUCUUCCACCCUGUCUCUCCCAUGCCCCUCUCCAGCAUCUUCAUCCCCGUGCCCUGGCUCAGUGGGGUGCCCUUCGCUUGGUCUCUGGCAAUCUCUCCCAUCCUCCUGGGUCCCCUUCUCCCAAACUGCAAAGCGCCUGCAGCUUCGAGCUCCUUUGUCCCUGGUCCUCAAGUCGUUUCCUUCAGUCUCAAUUCAGAGGUUCCCCCCAGAGCAGACAAGUCCUCUCUAAGAGGCUGGGGGCAGACUGAGCAGGCAGGAUGCCUGGCCUCAGACCCACUGGCAGUGCCUGAGCAUGUGUGAGAGUGUAAGUUUGUGUAGAAGCGUGUGUGUGUGUGUGUGUGCGCACCUGUGUACUGCUUGCAGGCGAGCAGGAUUCCUCAUGUAGCCCGGAUGUCCCCCUUGCUGUGUCUGCCACUGUUGCUGCUCAUUUUCGCAGUCUGCCUCUGAUUAAGGUGAAUCGCUAUGACAUUCCAAGCUCCAAUAAAGACUGUCCCACACUUUGGCCUGUGACCAUUCAUUUAAACGCACAUGUGCUCAAGCUCAGGGAAGGCCCAUGGCCACCCACUCACCUGGGCUCAAAAUCCAAAGUCCUCUCUCUCCCGCAAUCCUCACAUCUUGCCAGUUGUAUCUCAAGUGUCUCUCAGCUCUGGCCCCUUCUCUUGAUUGCACCUGGCUCAGGCUGGGCCCUUAUAAACCCUUGCCUAGACUAUUGUAGUAGCCUCAAAGCCUCCAGUCGCUUCCAUUUGAAUGCUGGCUUUCAGGGUGAUAUUUUCAAAGAGAAAUAUGGCACUUCAUGCCUGCUUCAAAUACAUCCAUUGUUUCUGAGUGUCUAGAGGAAAAAUCCAAACUCCAACCAGGCAGAAAACAAGGUGUGGUCCCUGUCCCCCUCUGGCGUAGAGGGCUGACCCCACACCCAGCAUCCUAGGUCAGGUCUGUUCUCCCCUCCGUGCCCCUAUCGGUGAGUGUUCAAGGAAAGGUGAGAGGACUAGAAGGGUCGGCCCUGCUCCCUUACCACCUGGGCUGAGCUCAGAUCACAGCUCUGUUAUUCCAAAGCUGUGUGAUCUUGGUCAAGGGCCUUACCUCUCUGUUCAGAGACUUCAUUCCCUCGUUUGGCUUCUUUUAUAUCUUAGAGGAGAAUGUAUGUGACGUGGCCCAGGCUCCUGAUUUCAUUAGUUGUCUCAGCCCCUCACCCCACCCCACUGCAACAACAGGCCCCAGGCCUGCCCUGGUUUGAUAGAUGUCCCUAGAGGAAGUCAUGCUUCGUCAGGGGAGUGACAGGAACAGGGGACCCCUGAGCUAUGGCAGCCCUUCCAAUCCUAGUCCUUUUCUUCUUCCCCCUCGCCCAGCUGUGGGGGAGGGGUGGUCGUCCACAUUCCCACAGCUUAUUUACGGAGAGUGUUGAAGUUAAAACAAACACACUUGUCCUGACACUACGUACCAGAAAUAACCUCAGCGCGCUCCAAAAAAAAGCCAAAGGCUGCACACACUCAGGAUCCUUUUAAAACAGGUGCACUGCCCUCCUGCAGCCUUUCCACUCAGAGCAACACAAAACCUGACUGACCAGCCUGUGUUCAACUUCCACAUAGUUUAAGAACCAGAGUUUCAACUAGACCAAAUCCCAAAGUUAUUUUGCAAAUGGAGACAGGAGACCAGCAACUCCUCUGCCCGUGGGAACCAAGCCUUCUGUGGCUUCUGCCAUCUAGACCAGCAUCCUCUCCCAGCCCAGGUGCCAGCUCAACAACGGGACAAUGGUCAGAUGGGUUUAGCUCUUGCUGGGGCAUUCCCUGCUGGAGGACUGUCCUCAGAAACCUUCCCCAUCUGGCCAGGGU